AUGAGCACAAACACUGAAGAAGGCAAGGUUUUCAAGCCCGAAGACUACUCGAAAAGCUUUGAUCCGGAAGCCUACCUUCAAUUUUAUUUCAGCAAGUUAGUUUUCAAUGAAACUGUUAGUUCAAGUGUUCAUAUGAAGUUUGUAAGUCUACUCAAAAAAAUUUUUUUAAUCUAUCUAAAAAGUCCAUUCCUACAAUUCUGACGGCAAAAAAAUGUGAAAAAAAUUUUUUUAUGGAAAAAAAUUAAUCUCAUGAAAAAAAGUUAUUCUUAUCAUUUAUUUUUUUGGAUAUCUGAUUUUAAGACCUUUUUUUCAUCGUCUAACCUCCCCUAAACGGUUUCAUUCUCAAAUAAAAGUUGGGAUUUCCCAUUAAAAUUUCUCAGAACUUUUUUUAUUUCUGAACUCUUUCAGCUCUCCCCACGGAACUCGCUGUAAAGUUUUUUUCACAUUAUAUUUUCCAAUCUUUCCAUAAUUUAUAAAAAGUGGAAACCCGUCGAUUUUUGUGACAAAAAUCACGAAAUUAUCAAGAAUAUUUACUGCUUCAUCGAAAAAUGAAAGGAAAAAGUCAAAUUUGUCCUCCGAUUCUUCUUUUUUGAUUAAUCUAAACAAAGCUGAGUCAUAACUUCAAAUUAACUUCUCAAAAGUCCUACCUUCUUCAACUUUUUGCUCAACUCAGCAAACUUAAAGUCGCGAACUCCUCUCGACUGAUAUCCGAUAUGCCGGAACGAACGAACGAAAACUAUCAACUCGUCUUGAAAAAAGUCAAGAAGAAAGCCGAUACUUCACUCAUUUACGUAAGCUUAUCGGGUAUUUGAAGUUGAGAUCACUUAACAGGGGUUGGAUGACAUGUGCAAACAGCCAUCCCGUCACAGUGUGUGCACUCCCGAAAAAGUAGACGAACGGGGAAAAAAUGACGAGAGGAAAUGGAAAAGAAAGGAUUCGAGACGGAUUUCGUUGCAAUUUGAAAAGCUGAGACCGAAAUCAAGAGGCUUUUCAUAGCUCGACCUUCUAAACUCUUUUUUUAAAAGCGCAUCAAUCUUACACAACUGAAAAUAUAACAGUAACUGUUCGCUUUGAGACCCGCAUGAACAUUUUCCAUGCUCUCUUGAACACUCCCACCGAUAGACAUUUUGAAACUCAAAAAGGAACAGAAAAAUCGAAAUAUCAUUAUCAAAUAAAAAAGCUCACCCGAGAUCGGAAAAUCCACUUCAUGCUUGAGCUCAGGUUGACCGAAAGCAAGGGAGUUGGAAGGAAGAAUGGGCGCUUGGAAAAAAGCUUUUACCUUUAUCAAUUCUAUUGAACUUUCAGAAAGAAAGGAAAGUGGUUUCUGGAAAAGCGUGAAAGCUUUUGAAAAAAAAGCCUUCGAGAAAGUUUGUCAGAAAACAAAAAACAAAUGGAAUCGUAUCCAAAACCUCAUUUUAAUCUUGUGAGUCAAAGAUAAAAAGCUUCUCAAAACCCUAUAAGCCUUGUUUGAAAAUCAAAAAGAUUCAUAAAGUCCCAACCUCAAACUCAAAAAGUCCCAUCCAGAGACUCGAUCGAGGACGGAACUCGCGUCUCUCUUUUCGCCUUGCCCGUUUUCGCGCACCUCAUGAUCCAGUCGAUGCGGCCGAAUGAACGAGAAACUCUUCUCGAUAUUGGAGCCGGUAAUCUGAGUUGAUAUGUUCUAACAUGAGCAAUUCGCAGGCCCGACCGUCUACUCGGCGCUCUGCUUCCGCGACGUCGCCAAGAAGGUCUAUCUGUCUGAUUACGUCGACAGAAACCUCGACGUUCUACGGAAAUGGACCAAGGGGGAGAAUACCAUCGACUGGAAGCCGACUAUCAAAGUUAUCAUCAGGUUAGUGACGUCAUCAGAUCAAGGAUCUUGAUGGAAAUAGUAAAAAUGACGUCGAUUCGAAUAAAAAAAUGUCAGGACAGAAGGAGGCCAUCCGCCAACGGACGCUGUCAUCGACGUGGUCGAGGGAAAAGCCAGGGUUUCUGCACAAAGUUUCAAUUUUCAUCAUAAAAAUCACUCCAGGGAACUGUAAAAAGCGGCGGAAUUCACUUUGCCGACGUUCAUUUGCCACGUCCUGUCCCUGACUUGCCGGUGGACCAGGUUAUCUUCGAACAAAAGGUUGAAAAAUAACUUGAUGAAUUCAGGUAGAUAUUCUGGUGACGAUUUUCACGCUGGAAAGCGCUUGCCGAAAUUACGAAGAGUACUGUUCCUGCGUUAAUAACAUGGUUAGUUCAAUAUCAACUCAGGGGAAUCAGAGAAAAUAAAUUUUAAUUUUCAAAACCUUUCGAUGCAAAAUCGUUUUUAUAGAAGUCCCUUAAUUGGCGCGCCUCGAAAAGGAUCUCACAAGGGAACUCUGUCAAAAUUCUGUCAAAAAAUCUCUCUUAACCUUCCUUUACUUCGUCAUGUGAAACUUCAUUCUCGUCUUUGGCAACAUUUCUCUUUGCUCCGAAAGCUCAUGGAAAUGUCUAUCUUGCUCUUUACACUGCCUUUUUUCUGCACUUUUGCCGCCAAACAGACAUUUGUUCUUUGUUAAUUGCUGUCUACGAGACGGAAGUGGAAGAUCUGAUUUCUUUUUUCCUUUUAACCUCGAUCAUUUCAUUUCUCCUGCAAUCAAGAAAAAUCUUUCAGCUGGGACUUUUGCGCUCUGGGGGACGCUUCGUCCUCGGAUCUGUUCUCGACGACGACACUUACAACUCUGGAAAGCAGGUCUCGUUUUACACUCCAAUCGUGAAAUUGGAAAAAAUUCAAUUUUACACAAAACCUUACAAAAAAUGUGCACAUUUCGCGACAUAUGAGCUCAAUUUCUUUGCGCUAAAAGAGUGUAAAAUGGCGUCAGCCGUACGAACGUUGAGUGGCAAAUGAGUUCCGCAUGUGUGUCAUUCUUGGAUUCUUUUUCACUUCACAGCAAGGAAAAAGUGUUCCGAACAACAAAACAGAGUCUGAAAGUUAUUUCGAGCAAAAUUUGGUGAAAUAAAAAUUGGCAAAAACGAUUCGCAGUCAGCAGGAUUCGAACCUACGCGGGCAGAGCCCAAUUGAUUUCGAGUCAAUCUCCUUAACCACUCGGACAUGACUGCUUGCGUGUUGCGAGGCUCAGUCGCGGCACAUAGCAGUUGUUAUAGUGUCGUGUGGUGGAGGACAUUUCUAAUUUUAUUGAAUAUUCAGUGGAAAUUCGCAUUUUUCAGAUGAUUUUCCACCUGCUGAACCUUCGUGAGAACCAAAUUUUGGACGCUCUGGAGAACGCGGGCCUCGACAUGAACUCCAUCAAAAAAUAUGUUCUGGAAGGCGAAGGAGUCAUGUUCCUGAUGGGAACCAAACUCUAA